GGUACGCCUGGGUGGGGGGGGGCGCACGGCGGCGUUGUCGGGUCUUGUUUGUAAGGGAGGCCGUCUUCUACGAGGCCGGAGCGUCAUGGCUACCUUCGUGGUGCUGAGGAACAAGGCGAAGAUGCCCAUCCUGGGCCUGGGCACUUGGAAGUCCCCUCCAGGCAAAGUGGCCAAUGCAGUGAAGGCUGCAAUCGAUGUUGGAUACCGCCACAUUGACUGUGCCCACAUCUACCAGAAUGAGAAUGAAGUGGGUGAGGCCCUCCAAGAGAAGAUGAAGGCAAAUGUUGUCAAACGGGAAGACCUCUUCAUUGUCAGCAAGCUUUGGUGCACAUACCAUGAGAAGAACUUGGUUAAGUCAGCCUGCCAAAAAACUCUGAGCGACCUGAAGCUGGAUUACUUGGAUCUCUACCUUAUUCAUUGGCCUGUGGGACUUAAGGCUGGAAAGGACCUUUUCCCAGUGGAUGAGAAAGGCAAUUUGCUUAGCAGUAACACAAACCUUUUGGAUACAUGGACGGCCAUGGAAGAGUUGGUGGAUGCAGGACUGGCGAAAGCCAUUGGACUCUCCAACUUCAACCACCAGCAGAUUGAGAAUAUCUUGACCAAGCCAGGGCUGAAGUACCAGCCGGCAGUUAACCAGAUCGAGUGCCAUCCGUAUCUCACCCAGGUGAAGUUGAUCGAAUAUUGCCAGUCCAAAGGCAUUGUAGUGACGGCCUACAGCCCUCUUGGUUCUCCAGAUCGGCCAUGGGCCAAGCCAGAGGACCCUUCUCUUUUGGAUGACCCCAGGAUCCAGGCCAUUGCAACAAAGCACCAAAAAACCGCAGCACAGGUUCUGAUCAGGUUCCACAUCCAGAGAAAAGUGGUUGUGAUUCCCAAAUCGGUCACCCCAUCACGGAUUGCUGAGAACUUUAAGGUGUUUGAUUUUGAGUUGACUGACGAGGAGAUGUCGACUAUCCUCAGCUUCAACCGAGACUGGAGAGUUUGUCCCUUGGCUGAAGCUUCUUCUCACAAAGAUUACCCCUUCCACGUCCCAUUUUGAAAUUCUCGGGAGCUGCUGCCCAGUAUCCGGGGGAUGGUCUCCUGAUGCUUCUAGCUGUGCCGACUUGUCCUGAUAAGAGUGUAUCGUUCUUCCAUGUUGUAUUGCCUCUGUUCCCAAGAGCUGGAUCAAUCACCACAUAUCACUGUCAGAUCUCAGCUUGAUCGAGUAACUCCUGGUAUUUCCGAACCUUCCUUCCUGCCCAGCUAGGAGGAGUCCAGAAUGACUACCCCUUCCCCAGAUGGGUCCUGCAAACAAGAAUUAUUCUACCAGCAAAUGUUUUUUUCUUUUAGUAUCAACUAGAUUUCAUCUGCUUGAAGUUAUAAAGCCUAACUUCUUGCUUUAAAUAAAUUUUAAAAAAAUC